AUGGCUCACCAAUCUUCUGCUGAAUCUGAUGACCGGAUUCCUUCAAAGUCAUUGGAGCUAAACAGUCCCCAUCCGUGUAAAGAUAUCAUAAACAUGGAGCAGAAGCAGCAACAACAAGAGCCGUUGAGCAAAGUUAACCAUGAUGGUAUGGAUAGAGAAAAGGGAGUUACAAAGCAAGACCCAUCUGCUUCAAAAUCCCUCCUUUGCAACGAGGAGAAAAUGGCAUUGCAAGAGGCUGCAACAAUGGAUGGUGUUGGUGAAGAAAGUGGUGUUGCAGAGGCUUUAGAAGAGGAUAGUGGACGCGAGAGGCUGAAGCGGCAUAGAGUUGAAGUGGCUGGGAGGGUUUGGAUUCCUGAUAUGUGGGGUCAGGAGGAGCUGUUGAAGGACUGGAUAGAUUGCACUGCAUUUGAUGCCCCUUUGGUUCCAAGCAGAAUCUCCACUGCACGAGAGGCUUUGGUUGAAGAGUGUACAAGAGCAAAUGCUGCUGGACUAAGAAUAGAGAACAGGUGUUAG